AUGCCCGUGCUUGAUAAACGUAUAUAUUACUAUUCUAGCGGAAGUUCCUGGACAUGGGAUAGAUGGAUUCUAUUUGCGUUGCUAAUCGUUGGGCUUGCUGCUCUCAUCUUUGGAACCAACGUGAGACGUAGAAGAAGAGGUGCCCAGCCAAUUGUUGGUACUUCUUGGCUAGCGCCGCCACCUUCUUACGGACAGGCCGCUGCUCAGAACAAUAACUACAAUCCAAAUAACCCUCAGAUGAGCCAACAACCUCUUCCGUUAUACACAGAAAACGUUAACCAGAAUGAUAUGGGGUACUACGAUAGCGAGGGUAAGUUUAUACCGACAUCACCGCAAAAUGCAUACUACGAAGGGUUCCCAUUGAGUGAGCAACAGCAGCAGCAACAACAACAACAUGCUGCUUCUACCACUGGUGUUGCUCCGGGCAAUCCAGGAUCCAGCACAUCUACUACACCUGUAGUCCAUGACGAUCGUACUGGAGAGAGUCAAGAUAUUUACGUGGAAAGACCUGAACCUGCCAUCACCUCACAACCGAAAGUGUAG